AUGUCCGAUUCGACGUAUCAACCAAGCUCCAGCCCUACUCGUCCCUGUCUUGUGGACCGAACUCAUGGCUUGAACUCACCCUCCCUUUCUACUUCCUCCAAGGCUGCCUCCAACAAAGCGGCGCAGAAAGCCAUUCUCCAUCACCUGGAGCUCGUCGACUCGAUUGAUAUAAGGAGCCCACCUCGCAAGCAUCGGGGGAGGAAAAGCGCUCGAAAAGCUGCACUCAAGACUGUUGAGGACUUCGCACCGUUGGGAAUCCUUGAUUCCCAAAUCGAUUCUCAAACCUGGCAUGACAACCUUGUUGCGGAGGGGGCAUCUCGAGAAGUCGAGUGCGCUAGCUGCGAGGAGGUCCUCAGCAACUGCGACCAACUUUACGAGGAACUCACUCAAACACGCAAAGACCUCAUCUGCGUGCAAGAAGCCCAUCUGAAGACUACCAACGAGAACAUCCGGCUUGCAAAAGAUUAUGAUCGUUUGGAGAAGGAGAUGCAGUCGUUGAGGGAGGCUAUGGCAUAUGUGGGAGGGAAACUGUUGAAGAGUGCGAAGAAAAGUCAGGAUUAG